AACAUAACCUCAAAUAAUUGUUUUGAAGAAUUCCGGCGCGUUUUGUGUUUUUGCUAAAAAAUAAUCUAAAAAUCAAAAUAAUUCGUGUUAAUUAAUGUAAAUUCCAAUGCAGGGUUGAUGUGAGAGACAUGAACAGUGGAAAGACGCCGAAGACAAAGAGCAGGAAGCGGUUGCUCAAGAGAAAAUCUAGUUUUUCAGCAGACUCAACGGGAAGUCCUCAGGCGGGGACUUCGGUGACGAGUACGAAUCAAUUCUUGAACCGCAACUGCUCGACACCUGUGAGUUCUACCACUGGAAAGGAUGGGAAUGCCUGGAAUUCACCGCAACUGGCUUCCUCGCCAAUUCGUGCAUUGUCGCAGGAUCUGUACAAACAAACUGGUGUGGCGUGGCAGUGGGAGAGUCCUCGGCAGAGUCCCCUGGCGAAACGAAGGCUGACGCGGAGGAGUAUUGUUGUUGUGCAGAAAGAUAGUGUUGGAGAGGGAAAGCGAAUGCUGAGAUCUCAAACUGCCAAGAAGAGUGGAAAGAAUCAGCCGAAGGAGAAUGAUGAAGGGGGCGCGGGUGGAUUCCUCAAGUUCCGGGAGGAUUUAAUGACUCUCGAUACAUCCCCGGAGCUUGCCCCGGAGGCCAAUGGAUCACCCAGUGUGGAACAGAAGGAGAAAUCUGCGACAUCCAAAGUGGAGACCACGGCGGAUAUGGUGAAGUAUGUGUUGGAUGGCUCUGAUACCUUCUGCGUGAAUGGCGAGAAGACAAUUGAGAAGCCAAAAGGUGCUGCAACACGUGACGAUAGAGACUUCCUCUUCGAUGACUCAGCCAUCGAUCGUGAUUUGGAGGCUCUUGCCAAGGAGGUUGAAGCUAAAACUGCCACAGUUCCAAAGGGCCCUCCUGACAAGGGAGCAGCUGGUGAAUCAGAAGAGUUUGUCUUUACUGCGGAAGAGGAGAAGAAGACAGAUGUGGCAAAGGUUCCACCUAAAUCUCAAAUGACAACGCGGAAUGAAGAUCUUAAAUGGCUGGAUGAUACAUCUUUUGAUGAAAUACUGUCGCAAAUGCCUCUUGAUGCGCCCGGAACGAGUCGCAAUGCCAGCUUUGGGAGACACGCCACGAUGCCGGCGCAAAAGCAAACACAACCCGAUGUGAAGAAUAAUGUCUCAAAGGGAAUCUUCAGGUACGACAGCAUGCCGACGGAUUCAACGACAAACAGAGAACCUGCACAGAGUUUGUCCCGGAAUGGGAGCAAUGAAUCUGUCUCCUCCACAUCCUCUGCUGGAAGAUGUUCUGCGCGGGAGAUUCAGCUAAAGCGUCUGGAGGCAAAGCAGCGUCUCCUGAAGAAUUCUCUACAGCAAAAGAAUAUAAAUAAAAGAUGAUCAUCUCAGGGUUUGUUAUAUUCUCAAAGAUCUGUGUUCAUUCUUGUGGCAGUAAAGGUAAAGAAAAAUCA